GCUGUCCUGGCUCUGCCAUCCACGGAGGAACAAAGAACUCCUCCGUGUGAGUGAUGGGCACAGCGCCGAGUGGUGGCUGUGGAUCUCAUGUAAUGACUCCUAGGCUGAAAGGAAAGGUGGCCCCCAGUGCUCAGGGGUUAUUUGUAUGCCUCUUACUUGUGUGCCUCUUCCCCCUCACAACCCAAAUGUCCAAAAUCCCCAACUGCUCACAGUGAGGUAGAGAAGCAGUGCAUCCCUCCCUGCGGCAUCCAAAACCAAUGGAUGGAGAGUGCAAAACUUGAAACUGCCGCUGCUCCGCUCUACUGCUGUGGGCAGGGAGGCUCCCACUUGGGUUUUCUCCUCUCAUGGAGCUGCUCGGUGCUGGAGGAGCUGCAGCACCCACAGCACUGCUGCAACAGCAGCAGGCUGAAACGUCUGGGAAAUGGGGGAGGUGGGGACAGGUGCAGGAAAUUGGGAUAUUUGCAUAUUUUAAAUUAUUAAAGAAAAAUAGAACUCAGGGCAGAGUGGUUUUGGGAGCUCUGCAAAAAAUGCAGCUCCCAUGCAGUGCAGAGCAGUGCAGGGAAGCACGGCUGUGCUGCAGGGUUGGCAGCAUGGUGAGGACUGGCAGCUGCAUCCCUGCAGCAUUUCCUCCUCCCAGACCUUUCCGGCUCGGUAUCUGCCCCAGGCCCUUCCCUUUCUCAGCGACAGAUAUUUCCUUUAUCUUCCUUUCCUCAUUCCUUGUGCAUGCAGAAGGAUGGCAGUGAUGGGACAGUUAUUUUGCAACACUCCUUCCCACCCUUGUUCCCAUGUCCCAUCUCACCCGUGAUGCCUCAGGAGUAAGGGAGUGGAAUGGGAUGCACUGCGCUGAUGCCCUCUAUCCGUGCCUGCAGCCAUGUGCUGCAGGGUGAGAGGUCCUGGGGCUGGAGUUCCUCACAAUCCUUGGUUCCCCUGCAGGCGGCCUGGCUGGGCAUCAACAUCUUCCUCUUCACAUACUACUUUCUGUUCUUCGACCGGGACGAGCAGUACUUCUACACAAGGGCCAUCCUUGGGUCUGCCUUGGCGUGGGCCCGGGCAUCGGCCAAGUGCCUCAACUUCAACAGCAUGCUGAUCCUGCUGCCCGUCUGCCGCAAUCUGCUCUCCUUCUUGCGCGGGAGCUGCUCGUGCUGCAGGAGGACGCUGCGCAAGCAGCUUGACCACAACCUCACCUUCCACAAGUUGGUGGCCUAUGCGCUGGCCCUGUUCACAGCUGUGCAUACCAUUGCCCAUCUCUUCAACCUGGAGCGCUACAACGACAGCCAGCAAGCCAACGAUGGCAGCCUGCCUGCUGUCCUUUCCGAGAUGCACCUGCAGGACAGCAACAAGUGGCUGAACCCCAUCCAUUCCAACCAGACGACCGUCGAGUACGUGGCCUUCACCACCAUCCCAGGGCUGACCGGGGUCAUCAUCACUCUGGCGCUCAUCCUCAUGGUCACAUCUUCCACUGAGUUCAUCCGCAGGAACUACUUUGAGGUCUUUUGGUACACACACCACCUCUUCAUCAUCUAUUUCAUCGGCCUCGUCAUCCACGGUGUCGCCGGGUUGGUGCGUGGGCAGACGGAGGAGAGCAUGAAGGAGGUGCACCCACAGCGCUGUGCUGAGUUCCUGGUGCACAAACCCAACGAGUGCAGGCAGGAGUGCUGCAAGGAGCCCGAGUUCGGUAGCAUCCCCGCAGAGUCCUGGAAGUGGGUUCUGGCUCCCAUCAUCCUCUACGUCUUUGAGAGGAUCCUGCGCAUCUGGCGCGCGCACCAGAAGGUGGUCGUCACCAAGGUGGUCAUGCACCCGGCUAAAGUGCUGGAGCUGCAGAUGCAGAAGAAGGGCUUCCGCAUGGAAGUGGGACAGUACAUCUUUGUCAACUGCCCCGCUGUGUCCCUGCUGGAGUGGCACCCCUUCACCCUCACCUCAGCACCUGAGGAGGACUUCUUCUCCAUCCACAUCCGGGCGGCUGGGGACUGGACGGAGCGCAUCAUUGACACCUUCCAGCAGCAGAAGCUGGAAAUUCCCAGGAUCGAAGUGGACGGCCCCUUUGGCACGGCCAGUGAAGAUGUGUUCCUGUAUGAGGUGGCCAUGCUGGUGGGAGCAGGCAUCGGCGUUACCCCCUUUGCCUCUAUCCUGAAGUCCAUCUGGUAUAGGUUCCAGCAGAAUGACCAGACUCUCAAGACCAAGAAGAUCUACUUUUACUGGCUCUGCCGAGACACGGGUGCCUUCGCCUGGUUCAAUGACCUGCUUGCCUCACUGGAGCAAAAGAUGGCUGAGUCUGGCAAGGCAGACUUCCUCACCUACCGGCUCUUCCUCACCGGCUGGGACACCAGCAUUGCCAACAAUGCAGCACUCAACUUUGACACAGUCACAGACGCAGUGACGGGCCUGAGGCAAAAAACCAUAUUUGGGAGGCCCAGGUGGGACACUGAAUUCUCAACGGUGGCCACAGCCCACCCCAGGUCGGUGGUUGGUGUGUUCCUGUGUGGUCCGGAGGCACUGGCAAAGGUCUUGCAGAGAUCUUGUCACCAGCACUCCAGCUUGGACCCCAGAAAGGUCAAAUUCUACUUCAACAAGGAGAACUUUUAAGCGGGAGCCAGGAUGGGACCACGGGCAGCAGAGAAUAACCAGCCUGCUGCUCUCACUUCCCUUUUUGAAGCAACUCUGCCUGGAAUGAGCAUCAGCUGAAAAGCUUUGCAUGAGAACCAGGCAAGACAGCGAAAUCAUCCUUCAUAAGAAGAAACUCUGGGUUCACAGACUGCUGCCUCCUUGACACUACAAAGGGUCCCUGUGAGGGGAAAUGAGCCCAGCUCUCAGCACAGCCCCCCAUGAGACACGCAUUGGGAUGGACUGGAGCAGCACGCAGGUGCAGACCAGCAGGAGGCAAGGGGAGCCCAGCAGGCUGGGCAAGAUGGUGGGGUCAGACGUGACACCAGGGCACUAAGGGCCAAACACACCCCUCCAGAUUUAAGUGUCCCUCUCCAUAAAAUAGUAAAUUAAACUUGUUUUUCCUUGCA